AUGUCGUCCUCACAGGAGGAUGCUGGACAUGUAACAGCCAUCACGGCGCCAGUCUCAGCAUCCUCCUUACAACCGCAGGCUUCACCAGUGAUUUCACCAAAGACAGCCACCAAGAUGCCGCCGUGGGCCAUCCCCUUCGACACGCCGGCCAGGAACCGCUUCCUGAAGGACUACCGGAUCCAGGCGGCCUCUGCGACCUCGACAAUCCUCGCAUGCCUUGCUGUGACCCCACUGGAGAACGUGAAGACUCGACUCCAGUCAUACAACUUCAAGGGGACCAGCGACUGCCUUCGGUACAUGCUCAAACACGAGGGGCCACGAGGAUUUAUGGCCGGCGCGUUACCACCACUGGCAAGCCUUACGAUAGUCAGAGUCACCAAUUUUACCGUCUAUCAGAAGCUCAAGCAUGCUCUCUCCGACCUCGUGGAAAAGAAUACUGGAACCUCCCCAUUAGCCACAUAUAACACUCCAGGUUCCCUUCCCACUUUUACCGGUGUCUCCUGUUUUAUGAUAUCUGGGAUGGUGGCAGGUGUCUGUGCUGCUCCUAUUGCUUGCCCAUUUGAACUCGCCAAGAACGUGGUUCAGACCUCUGUACUCAUGGCAAGCAGCCAACGCGGACCUACUGGACGGGGUCUCAAGUAUACCUCACUUCAGAAUGUCCCACGCCUUUCAACCGCCCAGGCUAUCAAACAAAUCAUCUCUCGUCAUGGUUUCCGUGGUCUUUACACAGGAAUGGGUCUUCACAUGGCUCGAGACACGGUUGGCACUGGCCUGUAUUUCGCCAUCUACGAAACCUCUAAGCAACUGACGUCAACUUACCUGGGAGAUAACCAUUCUCCGUUUGGACCGCAGCUGGUUGGCGGUGCGCUCUGUGGCACCCUUCCAUGGCUCUUUGACCAAACUGAUAUCCUGUUUCUUCAGACGUACCCACUUGAUACCCGAAAAACUCGUCGACAGAGUAUGAUACUAGGGAAAUCAAAAGAAGUGGGAGCUGCAGUGGCCAAAUCUUCAGUUUAUACAGGCUUAUCGGUGAUCAUUCUUCGUACAGCUGUGCAGAAUAUGCUCCUUCUGACCAUGUUCGAGUACUUCAAGAGGGAGAUCGAUAAGCUGGAAAUUUGA